AUGUCUCAUUCCAAGCAGCCCAGGAGCCAAGGGAAGAGGAAAGACGGCAAGAAUAGGCCCAGAGGAGGAGUGCGAGGAGGAGCGGAGAGCUCCAUAGGAGACCCUUUUGCUCUCUCGGAAGAGCGUCUGGUGUCGCUUGAUCUGGAGGGUGGCUUGAAUCAACGGAGGGACUACUCUGAAGCAUGCCGCGAGCUCUCUCUCCUGCUCCGCCUCUGCUACUCCCUCUCUCCCAAGCACGUGCAAUCCCACCUCUACUUUCUCGCUCAACAAGCCAUUGCCAACCUCCCCUGCAUGGACGGCGCUCUGCACAGGUCAGCAGCACGCCAGCUCAUCCAGGCGUGUCAGGCGGCGCUGCCACGUCAGCGCAAGCAAGCGGUUACCGCCGAGUACAAGCGACUCUGCGUCAUGCUCGCUCGGGCGGAGAAGAAAUCCGAGAGUGCAGUGGAAGAGGAGGAGGAGGAGGAGGAAGAAGAGGGGGAUGAGCAGCAACAGCAAGAAGCAAAUGACUUCAAUGGAAGCUCCAAACAGGGUUUCCAGCCCUUGAACUUUGAAAAAUGCUCCAGCAUGCUCCCUCUGGUCCCCACCUCUCAAACAUGCUCCAUCACUUCUACUCCCCCAUCUCUCCCUCCUCUCCCCUCUGACAUCCUCCAUCUCCUCUUCUCUCACCUGGACCCUCUCUCACUUGCCCGAGCCUCUGCUGUAUGCUUCCACUGGAGGGAGAUUGCAGCUGCUGCCGAACCUGACUGGGUGACGCACCUCGCUGCUUGCCUCGGUUCCAUGCCUGCUGCUGAGGCUCGGGAGAGCAGGGAUGGGAAGGGCCGAGCUGGAGGAGAGGUGCAGGAGGGGCAGACGCCGUUGUGGCAGGAGUUUGUUUCUCAGUGUGCAAGGGCUACACCGUUAUCCUCCUUACAGUCCAACCGGGUACUGUGUAGGGAGUGCAGCAUGGUGGCGUGGACACCCAAUGCCGCCCCCACACCUUCUCCUCACGCUACUACUCCCUCUUCCCCCUCGGUUGCACCAUCGCUAGCCACAGCCACUCUCUCAUCUGCUCAGUUUUUCCGGGGAAAAAAUAAGGGCAGGGGCGGAAUUGUCACUCCAGGGAAUAUCAGUGCGGGUACGGGUGUAGGUGUUGGUGUUGGUGCUUCUGGAAAGGAAAAAGGAGCUGGAGCCUGUUGCGGGAGCAGCAUGGCUGGUGGUUCUUCUGCUGGAGCUGGAAGGGCGGGUAAAGUGGGUAGUGAGACCGUGGACGGGCAUGAUGUAGCAGCAGACAGGUGUGAGUUGGCAAGCAGGAGUGGUGGUGGUGGUGGCGGUGGUGGUGGUGGCGGUGGCGGCAGUUGCAGCGGCAGCAGCAACGGCGGCAGCCGUGCGGCGGCAGUGGGAGCGAGGUUCUUUGCUAGAACGUGUCGUGUGAAGAGCGCAACGAGACGGGGGUACAGAAUGCAGCAGCACGUGUGGAAACUUGCCGGAACAGCAAAGGUUGUGGCAUCCCUCUCUGACGAGUUUGAGGGGGAGGAGUCCAGUGACGAGGAUGGCGAAGGAGUUGUGGCAUCCCUAUCUGACGAGUUUGAGGGGGAGGAGUCCAGUGACGAGGAUGGUGUUGGAGUAGGUAGAACUGGUUACCGCUCCAACGCAUCUACUGUCUCACGGUUUUGGUAG